UCCCGCACGGCAGAACCAUUACCACUGAACCCACACAGGCGGAGCACAUAGAGGGACGGACCAGGAAAUACACCGGCUUGAUCCGUAAUCAUUCCUCCGGCUUACAGAAGUGCACUAUGUGGAGUGACGAAGCCGUUAUUUAAUGCCCUAGUUAGUGCGCUUUAAACAGGGAACAGCGCCGUAUUCGGGAUUCUGUCAUAAAUCAUAGCAACUGAACCGCUGAAGAACAGUGAAUUUAAUAAAUCAGAUGACGCUCGGUUUUUUAAAAAACGUUAAUAAAAUAAGAAAUUAUACCGAGAAAUACUUUAUUUUUGAGUUACGCCUUAAUUAUUGUGAUUAUAUUUCCAUCCGAACGCAUUAAACUGUCGGAUCAAAACAAACCAACUUCCGGUGGCUUGAGUUAAAGCUGCUUUCAAUGUAGAUUUUUUUUUUAAACAAACAGAUAUUAAACAUUCUGCGGAUGCUGUUUGCUCCUUUUGUAGGUUAUCGCGUGUAACUGUGUGCGCGGUGGUUUAUUAAACACACAUUACCUCUGUUAUAAUGCGGAAAUUCUGCACGUGCAGCUGUUAUUAUACUGAGAAUAUUUUUCUAGAGCAGCACAAACUCCAUGUGCGCUUCAGCUCAGAAGAGCAGUUUAAAGCGGACUAUCAACACAUCCUCCGGUCCCUGGGUUGUGCCACUGAUGCCCAGUACAAUGCUGUUCUUGAAAAAAUCCACGCUGAAGUCGAGAGGCGCCGGUGUCUCACGGCACAAUCAGCAGAGAGAAAAUCAGUCAUCAAGGAGACGUACAAACCCCUCCAUCAGCACGUCUACCGCUUACAGGAAUCCUUCUUGGCCCCCGAGUUUGUAGAAAUAGUGAAAUACAGUCGUGAAGACAGCGCCAGUGUAGAGGGAGUGCUGGAGCUCAUCACUGAAGAGGCUGCACCCAGGGUGUAUCGUUUCCCAGUGUUCACACAAGUUUUCUGCAAGGAUCUGGUAGAAGAGCUGGAGCAUUUCGAGCGCUCCGAGGCUCCGAAGGGUCGACCAAACACCAUGAACAACUACGGGAUCCUCCUGGACGAGCUGGGGUUGGACGAGGGUUUGAUUACUCCACUCAGAGAGCUGUACCUGAAUCCUCUCAGCUCGCUGUUGUUCCCGGACUGCGGCGGGAAAUGGCUGGACAGCCACAAGGCCUUCGCCGUGAAAUACACACUGAACGAAGACCUGGAGCUCAGCUACCACUACGACAACGCCGAGGUCACGCUGAACGUCUCGCUCGGGAAAGACUUCUCUGACGGAAACCUGUACUUCGGGGACAUGAGACAGGUGCCCCUGAGUGAGACGGAGUGUGUGGAAGUGGAGCACCGUGUAGCCGAGGCCGUGCUCCACCGCGGCCAGCACAUGCAUGGUGCUCUGCCCAUCUCAUCAGGGUGCCGCUGGAACCUGGUGGUGUGGAUGCGAGCGUCACGUCAAAGGAACCGCCUCUGCCCCAUGUGCAACCGAGCGCCACGACUACAACCUAGUGACGGCUACGGAGACGGAUUCACCGAAGAGGACACCGGGCUGUGCGCUUUAACAUGAAGCCCGUAAUGCUUGGGAACGUUAAAGCGGCAGUUUUUUUUUUUUUUUUUUGUGCCAAGGGAAUGAAAACGCAGGCUUUCACGUUCCAACUCACCCGAAUCCACCUUCUACUGAAACUACCACAGGCCUUUAAGGAAAAGGGGCAGAGCUAAUUUCAGGGCCAGAAAAAAAGUGCACAUAAAGCGUAAAUUGAAUCAACUAGUGAGACAUGUUUGGAUCAUAUCAGAUUAUAUUUUGAAUCUAAGCUCUUAUUCAAACAAGGUGAAAUCUAGGUAACAACUUAGAUCCUGAGAUCACGUCUUAAGCCUAGGUCACAACCGGACGUACGAUUUUUUGGCCGUGCGAUUUUUGGCGUUUCCCAAAUCGCUGCGUUUUUUUUGUUCGUGGAGAAAGACGAACGUUGGCCGCAAGUUUGUCUUGCAACCUGAAAAAACCGUAAGCGCCUGUAGAGUUUGUUUGACAUGACAAAGAACCUCUGCGGCCGGUCUACGGCUCGAAAAUCAGCACAUCACACGCGCGCCCUCCGUGCGUUUCUUGUGUUUUUUGCAUGUAGACCGGCUGUAGGAGCACGUAUGGCCGGUUGUGACCGAGGCUUUAGAGCAGCUAUAUAUAUAUAUAUAUAUAUAUAUAUAUAUAUAUAUAUAUAUAUAAAUUAAUUUAUCAUCACUGAAUUACAGCUUUAACGCUUAAGCAGUUUUAUUUUAUUCAACUUAUUACUGAAAUAAUGAUCAUCACUGGUCUCGGAACACUUAAAAAAAUACAAAAAAAAAAAAAAACAA